AUGCUUCGCAUUUUAGGAAGCACAACCGGAAAUUUCACGUCUACUUUAGCUAGAGUAUAAAAGUCGUUAUUUUUGCUAUCCCGUUUGGAGAAUCAAUCCAGGAAGCGAAAAAAGGAGGCCGCUUAUUUCCCGCCAUUUAGGAUUCGACGAACUGCGAGGAGGAACGAGGGAUCCGUUGUCGUUCGCGCCAAUUUAAAUGCUAUAUUUAAUCAUCCAAUGUAUUGAUAUCUGGGCCCUUUGAACACUUCCGAAUACCUGUACUGCUCGGGAGUUGAAGACAGCGACUUUUCCUGUUGUACUUCAGAUUUUUAUCUCGACAGAUGGCGGACAGCGCCGGAAAGGUUAAGACCAGGCCAGCACAAAGUGCAAGACAGACAACAUUGGUUGUUAAUUUAUCAAACAAGAUGCAUCUGAGAACUCUGGUUGUGUUUUGCCUCGGCGUCGCUGGCACACUUGCCAGCCGAACCUGUGAGCCGAUCAGGAUUCCACUUUGUCAAAAGCACUUGCCCUACAACAUGACGAUGUUUCCAAAUGCCCUCGAGCAGCUCUCCCAGCAGUAUGCCCGACAAAAGAUCGACCUUUUUCGUGCAAUCGUCGCUAUUAACUGCUCGAAAGAGGCUGGCUUCUUCCUUUGCUCUUAUCAUUUGCCAAUUUGCGCUCCUGAGUUUAAAUCCAAGCCAAUCCGACCUUGCAGGUCGGUUUGUGAAAAAGUCAUGGCGGAUUGCUUAGCCACCAUUCGCAGAUACAAGCGCAAGUGGCCGGAAGACGUCGUUUGCAAAGACCUGCCUUCUUACGAAAGCGACGUCUGCGUAACACCUGCCUCUUUCGUCAAAUCUGGUGAGCCAAAUAGAGUUUUUAUGUUUUAUUUUGUUUGCCUGUAGUUGUAAGAAUUAGUUACUAAAACCGUUUCGCAGAGAUUCUUUAGAUAAACUAAGCGUUUUUUUCAAGUAGAUAAGUCAUUCCCAUAACAUCACGUUUCCUUGGGAUUUGCGAUAGCUAAUGACCUUUAGCAGCUUUAAACUAGAUUCGUGUCUAGGACGAUUUUAUACGAUUUUUUUAUUUCAGCAUUCAGUCCAUCAGAGCUGAUCUCGUUAAGAAAUACUAUCGGUUUGCUUUUACCUAAUCAAUAAUAAUAAUAAUAAAAAUUCGCAUUUGUCGGUAGCGUGCUAACAGGCACUUAGGUGCAAAGCGGGGGUGCAAGCUAAUUCUAAAUUGUGACUUUUAACCUCUCAUUCGGUAACAGCUAUCUUAAAAACUAUCUUUCUCGGCUUGUGGGAUGUUCAACUGAUUUCAAGUCAUUACGGAAUUGGCAAGCGUUUUAAGAUUGUAUGGAACUACGAAUGAAAGACGCGCCCGCCUAGAUAUUUAGCGUUGAAUUUUUUCUGCACCGCCGAGAGAAGUAAUUCUCUUGGGUGUAUUUUUUAACUCGAUUUAGCGGAUAACCAAAAACCUCAAUCAAUUGGAAUCAUAUACAGUACUUAAUCCUGUGUAAAGAGACCAAACUUUCCAAUUAGAUGACAGGAAAUUAAACUCUCCCUUUCCUUAAAUUAACUAAAGUGCGAAUGAAUUUUGCGGUUGUAACCCAUUUGUUGUGGAUUGCAGUUGAUUCACUAAGAGCUGCCAGCUUAUUUUUAAUCCCAGAUUGAAUCCGUUUUUCGACAUCUGAACUGCGUCCAUAAAUUUCGUUCACUGUUUGUUAGAAUUAUCAGUGUUGUACAGUAGAAACGUUUUGCACAUACAUGGCCUGGAUGUUUCUUGUGUUGUUUUUUCCAUACUUUUUGCAGUCUUGUCAUAUCAAAUAUUGCAGAAAUGCAUAUAUGCUGUUUGCCAAUCUAAGCAUCAAAGCUUAUUACUUCAGAGGUAAAUUCUUUUGUGCUUGAGUUUCAAAACAGUUUCUUUAAAAGUCCACAAAAGGAAAGGUUAAAGUUAAGGGCUUUCCUAAAUAUAUUUAUAUAUAGAGUCAGCUUGUCAGAAUACGGAACUCUGCAGCGCUUUUGUUUCAUAAGCUAUUGUCGUCAAAGGUAAACAAGAUGGCUGUCCAGUUGAAAUUGAUUUGUGUAUAAACGCUAAAAUGAAUUAAAGCAGAAGUUGAGUUGUCAUUGUCUAAGUUGGCGGUAAGAUGUACCAUUUAGAACAAUGAGCUGUAUUCCAUUAAAAGUCUUUGAGCGGAAGUCACUUCUAAGGAAAUUAGAUUGGAAUGUUGCUGGCAGUUACAGCUAAGUUUAGAAACUAAGCAAAAGCAUGCCAAGCACGGAAAAUCUAUUUCUCGGCGUUUUAUGUGGUUCCUGUCAGCCGUGUUCAACAAUUAAAUGACUGCAUCUCACCGACAAAGUGGCGCCUAAAGAUUUUAAAACUCUUACUUGGACCUGAGCGAACUGAAAACUCAGACGGUUCGUCCAAUUCUUCAUGUCGUCAAAUGUUGACAAGAAUUCAAUUUUUUUUUUUUUCUAAUUUACCUUUUAGUACCUCCGAAACUAAUGUAGGUUGUUGAAUCCGUGAGAAUUACAUCGUGACUCGGGUGGAUUCCACAAGUGUUUCGGUGGACAAAUGGGGUUUUCUUUAACUCAGUCUCCGCCUCCAAAACUUCUGGCCAACAUCCUACUAAGGUAUCAAAUGUUAGUGGUAGGCUCAGAGUCGGUGACCCUCUCUCUUCAUGCACAAGACACGCAAUUAUUUAGAACCCAGAAAAAACUGAUGAAUGUCUCAGCGAAGCAUCGAUAACAAUCGCUUUCAUUUUGCCGCCAAGUUUUGUCAUGCAGUUGAUUUCGGCCCCCUUGAGUUUCGCCUUUGACAUGAUAUUGAAAACGAGUUUAAUCAGCUGGAGAAAGUAGAGGCCACUUAGUGUAAAAUUUAAAAUAUUGCCUUGAACUUAUCUGGACUGUCACUAUUAAAACCCCCUGUAUACAUUCCCAACAUUUUUGUGACAAUUUAUUUACUUUUUUCUAAAUGAGCUUUUGUGACCCUCAAUUGCUGGAGCUUCGCAAAAGAAAAUUCAUUCUAGUUGGAACUGAGCAAAAUAAUAAUGCCCAAUUUCUUA